CCACUGAGAUUGAAAGCAUGGCUAUCCUUUUCACAGUUGUUGCCAGAGGCACAACCAUUCUUGCCAAACAUGCUUGGUGUGGCGGAAACUUCCUGGAGAUGACAGAGCAGAUUCUGGCUAAAAUACCCUCUGAAAAUAACAAACUCACUUAUUCACAUGGAAAUUAUCUAUUUCACUACAUCUGCCAAGACAGGAUUGUGUAUCUUUGUGUCACAGAUGAUGAUUUCAAACGUUCCCAAGCCUUCAGUUUUCUGAAUGCAAUCAAGAAGAGGUUUCAGACUACUUAUGGUUCCAGAGCACAAACGGCCCUUCCCUAUGCCGUGAACAGUGAGUUCUCCAGCAUUCUGGCUGCACAACUGAAACAUCACUCUGAGAACAAAAAUGUGGACAAAGUGGUGGAGACUCAAGCCCAAGUGGAUGAACUAAAAGGAAUCAUGGUCCGGAACACUGAUCUAGUGGCCCGAGGAGAAAGACUGGAGUUACUGAUAGAUAAAACAGAACAUCUGGUAGAUUCAUCAGUCACCUUCAAAACUACUAGCAGAAACCUUGCCAGAGCCAUGUGUAUGAAGAACCUGAAACUCACCGUCGUCAUCAUCAUCAUCGCAGCAAUGAUCUUCAUCUACAUUGUUGUGUCAGUCGCCUGUGGUGGGCUUACCUGGCCAAGCUGUGUGGCGAAAUAAAGUCAGAACAAUCUUAAGCCAAGAACAUAAGGGAGCAAGGAUUUAAGAAGCAACCCAAGUAACUUCCUC